AUGGACACGGAUGAUUGUAAUGUUAACUUAAAAGUCUUCACAGGCAAAUUGUCAGAAGACCCUAAGAUUGUCCUUUCGUGUAGUUCCGUGCCAGGCAAUUCAGUCUGUAGUGAUACUAGCAUCAUGAAGAUUCAAUUAAACCGGAAAGAUCUGGAAACGCAAAAUUAUGAUUUCCGGCUGGUCGUAAAGAAAAGUGAUGACUUACUUGAUGGUUCUAUCAAAAGUUUCCUCUAUUCCAUUGUAAUGGUUGUUGGAAUCAUUGUUGUUGUUGUUUUUGUCAUCCUUGUUGUGAGUUUUAUCUGCUGUUGCUGGGCCAGACGUAGGCAGAGGGGGGUGGUGUUGAAUACGCCAAACACAAUGGUUGCAGCUCCACCCCAUAAUGCCCAAGUGGCCUACCCAAAUCAGCACUUAUUAGCAAUGCCAUCAGCUCCACCAAUGCCAAUGGAUAUGCAGAACAUGAUUCCACAAGGAGAUCCACCUCCAUACCAAGAUGAACCCUGGACACAUCCCUGA